AUGAAUAUCAAGGAGAAAAUUGCCUAUGAUGGCAAUGAUUACCUUGCCCUGAAUGAGGACCUGUGCUCCUGGACCGCAGCGGACAGGGUGGCUCAAAUCUCCAAGCUCAAGCUUGAGCAGGGCGGUGCUGCGGGUCACAGUAGGAACUACCUGGACGGGGACUGCAGAGGGUGGCUCCACAGACACCUGGAGAACAGGAAGGACACACUGCAGCAUGCAAACCCUCCAAAGACACAUGUGACCCAGCACCCCAUCUCUGACCAUGAGGUCCCCCUGAGAUUCUGGGCUCUGGGCUUCUACCCUGAGAUCUCACUGACCUGGCAGCAUGACAUGGAGGACCAGACCCAGGACAUGGAGCUUGUAGAGCCCAGGCCUUCAGAGAAUGGAACCUUCCAGAAAUGGGCAGCUCUAGUAGGCCCUUCUGGAGAGGAGAAGAGAUAUACAUGCAAUGUGCAGCACAAGGGGCUUCAGGAAACCCUCAUGCUGAGAUGGGGUGAAAAAGCAGGGAGCUACACUCAGGCUGCAGAUAAGUAUAGAGGGGAUGUGAUUCCUGAGACCCGUUUUCUCUCCUGUGGAUUCUGA